AUGAAGCUCACAUUCAAGGAUCUAAAACAGCAGAAGUUUGUGAUCGAUGCAGAACCGUCAGAGACUGUUGGGCAGGUGAAGGAGAAGAUUUCUUCGGAAAAAGGAUGGGAUGUCCCUCUACUGAAGCUCAUCUACUCUGGGAAGAUUCUUCAAGAUGACAAGACGAUCGAAUCAUACAACAUCGAAGAGAAGGGAUUCAUCGUAUGCAUGGUCUCUAAGCCCAAGACCCAACCUGCCUCCUCACAGGGUCCGUCCACACCAUCUAAAGCGGCGACUUCAACUCCUGCAGCGCCUCCUGCCCCCGCACCAUCUGCAAACACAUCCACGUCUGCUGCUGCCGUCCCAGCAACACCUUCUCCAGCCUCUUCCGGAGCUGCUCAGCAAGGUGGGGCUUCUUUCAAUGAUCCGUCGACGCUAUUGAGUGGCUCGCAGAGCGAAGAGGUCAUUUCCCAGAUGGAGAACAUGGGAUUUGAGAGAAGUGACAUCAAUCGUGCGAUGAGGGCUGCUUUCUUUAACCCAGACCGAGCCAUCGAAUAUCUUCUGAGCGGUAUUCCCGAAGAUAUCCAGCAAGAACAACAACAGCGAUCUGCAGCUGCCGCCCCUACUGCCCCUCAAGCCCCCUCUGCUCCCGCCGCUGGAGCUACACCCGCUGCAUCUGGAGAAGACGAGCCGGUCAAUCUCUUCGAGGCCGCUGCUCAGGCUGGCAAUACUGAAGGUCGGGGUGGUGCCCGGGGUGCAUCUGGUGAUGAAGCUCAGUCAAACCUUGACUUCCUUCGUAACAACCCGCAUUUCCAGCAACUUCGCCAGCUAGUCCAACAGCAACCCCAAAUGUUGGAACCAAUCCUUCAGCAAGUUGGCGCCGGUAACCCCCAGAUUGCACAGCUUAUCGGACAAAACGAGGAGCAGUUUCUUCAGCUAUUGAGCGAAGAGGAUGACGCCGCAGUUCCCCCGGGCACAACUCAGAUUCAUGUCACAGAGGAGGAGCGAGAUGCAAUCGAACGGCUUUGCCGACUCGGAUUUUCGCGGGACCUGGUUAUUCAAGCUUAUUUUGCCUGCGAUAAGAACGAAGAGCUUGCGGCGAACUACUUGUUUGAUAACUCCGACGAAGGUGAAGAUGCGUGA